AUGCUUAUGCAAGUUGAAGAACAAUCGAUUUUUCAGGCAGCCUUGAACAGUGCUGGAGAGAAGCUCGUAGUCAUUGACUUCUCAGCCACAUGGCGUGAGUCCUCCAAAAGGAUCAAGCUUUUGCAUCAUCCCUUCCAUGAAGAGUACAGCAAUGUGGUCUUCCUUGAAGUUGCUGUGGAUGACUGUCAAGAUGUUCCUUCAGAGUGUGAAGUCAAAUGCAUUCUAACAUUUCAGUUUUAUGAACAGAGACAAAAUGUGGGCACAUUUUCUGGUGCUGAUAAGGAAAAACUUGAAGCUACUAUUAGCCAGUUAUAUUAA